UCAUGCAAUUCUCGCCAAGUUUUACCUUUGUGAGACGUCUUCUUUGAAGAAAACACCAAACCCUAGUUCUUUCGAUCUUUAAUCUCUAUCCAUUCUUCUUUCCGUUACUUUCCCUCAUUAUCCUUCUUUUUCCCGGAAAAUUCUCAUAUCUUUCUCUCUCUUUCUCUUGUGUACCUUUCGUUCCUUAGAUCUGCAUGGUGUGGGGUUAUUUCGGUGCAUAGAAUCUGCUUGAUUUCAAUUUUCUAGGAUUGGAUUAAGAGUUGUCGUUUUGGGAAAAAUUCUUCUGGGGGAUCGGAGUGGGGAUUAGAGAGAAGAGUAGAUUAAAGAGAGAGGGUUGGGUCCAGUCUCAAUAGAUCUUCUACUGCUUCUUUUGAGGGGGUAGCCGGGGCCUCGGCCUCGGCGGGUUUUAAAGCCCCCACCUUCACAAACUGAAAAGAAGAAAAUCAUAAUCCUAACCCUAACUUUUUAACAAAUACAGAUCGUUGCGGAAGAGGAUGCCGGCCCUGGCUUGCUGCGUAGAUGCUGCCGUUGCGCCUCCCGGCUACGCUUUCGAUGCCGGGGGUGGCUCCCUUCCGUCGCCGGUCCCUUUUUCCGACAUAACUCCGGCACCAACCAACCCCACUGGCUGCAUCGAAAACUCUCCUUCCCAUUGGUCACCUUCCCUCUCCUCUGCACUCUACAAGAUCGACGCUUGGGGAGCUCCUUACUUUUCUGUCAACUCCUCCGGCAACAUAGCCGUUCGUCCUUAUGGGGCUGACACCCUGCCUCAUCAAGAAAUUGAUCUCUUGAAGAUCGUGAGAAAAGUUUCAGAUCAGAAAUCCAUGGGCGGUCUUGGCUUGCAGCUGCCCCUUAUUGUUCGCUUGCCUGAUGUGCUCAAAAACCGCCUCGAGUCUCUGCAAUCAGCUUUCAAUUUUGCAAUCCAGUCUCAGUGCUACGAGGCUCAUUACCAAGGCGUUUAUCCUGUUAAAUGUAACCAGGACCGUUUCGUUGUUGAGGAUAUCGUGAGAUUUGGAUCUCCAUUCCGGUUCGGAUUGGAGGCCGGGUCGAAACCGGAACUCCUUUUGGCUAUGAGCUGCUUGUGCAAGGGAAAUCCAGAAGCUCUCCUUGUUUGUAAUGGAUUCAAAGAUGGAGAGUACAUUUCACUGGCAUUACUCGCUAGAAAACUGGCUUUUAACACAGUGAUUGUGCUUGAGCAAGAAGAAGAGCUUGAUUUGGUUCUGGGAUUGAGCAAGCAAAUGUCUGUCAGGCCCGUGAUUGCAGUGCGAGCCAAGCUGAGAACCAAACAUUCGGGCCAUUUCGGGUCCACCUCGGGCGAGAAAGGGAAAUUUGGGUUAACCACGACCCAGAUUUUACGGGUUGUGAAGAAGCUUGACGAAGCAGGAAUGCUUGAUUGUCUCCAGUUGCUGCAUUUCCAUAUUGGAUCUCAAAUUCCUUCUACUGCCUUACUCGCUGAUGGUGUAGGUGAGGCUGCACAGAUCUACUGCGAAUUAGUCCGUCUCGGUGCCCACAUGAAAGUCCUCGACAUUGGAGGUGGGUUGGGCAUCGACUACGACGGAUCCAAAUCUGGUAGUUCGGAUCUAUCUGUGGCUUAUGGACUCGAAGAGUAUUCUCUGGCUGUUGUGCAAGCUGUUAAGCUUGUUUGUGACCGUAGGAACAUUAAGCACCCUGUGCUUUGUAGCGAGAGUGGCCGCGCUAUUGUUUCUCAUCACUCCAUCUUGAUAUUUGAGGCUGUAUCUGCAAGCGUAUCUACUGCUGCAUCAAUGACUCCCACUGGGUUACAAUAUUUUAUAGAGGGGCUUACAGGGGAUGCCCUUUCGGAUUACAGAAAUUUAUCAGCCGCAGUGGUGAGAGGCGAGUAUGACACCUGCUUGCUCUAUGCUGAGCAAUUGAAACAAAAAUGUGUUGAUCAGUUCAAAGAAGGAAAUAUUGGUAUGGAGCAAUUAGCUGCUGUUGAUGGGUUUUGUGAACUGGUGGGUAAAGUAAUUGGGUUAUCGGAGCCAAUUCGCACUUACCAUGUCAAUCUGUCAGUUUUCACCUCAAUUCCGGAUUUUUGGGGGAUUGGCCAAUUGUUUCCUAUCGUUCCAAUUCAUCGACUAGAUCACAGGCCUGCGGUGAGAGGGAUUUUGUCUGAUUUAACAUGUGACAGUGAUGGGAAGAUUGACAAAUUCAUUGGCGGCGAGUCAAGUUUGCCGCUGCAUGAAAUUGAAGGCGGUGGGCGGUACUACUUGGGGAUGUUUUUGGGCGGGGCUUACGAGGAGGCGGUCGGUGGAGUUCACAACCUGUUCGGUGGGCCCAGUGUUGUGCGGGUUUUGCAGAGUGAUGGACCGCACAGCUUUGCGGUGACUGCAGCCGUGCCUGGCCCGUCUUGUGGUGAUGUCCUCCGGGUUAUGCAGCACGAGCCUGAGCUCAUGUUCGAGACCCUCAAGCACCGUGCCGAAGAACUUUGCCUCCAUGACGAAGACAGUGACGAUGGCUGCGAGAGUGAUCAUGGUAUGGGCAAUGCUGCAUUAGCUAGCAGCCUUGCUCGCUCCUUCCACAACAUGCCUUACCUUGUGGGAUCAUGUUCACUGACUGCUUUGAAUAAUGGUGGUUUAUACUAUGGCAACGAGGACGCUGCUGAUGUUGCUGGUGGUGAUGAAGAGCAGUGGUCCUCCUAUUGCUGUGCUUGAGUUUUUAAUUAAUUAGCUACAUCACUUAUAUUUACCGUGUAUGGUUGGUUUUGUGCUAGAGUGGUAAUUUUUUACUUUUUGUUGAUUCCCAUUUUGAUGCUGGACUAUCUUUUCUUUGGCCUUUUUGAGCAGAAAGAGGGAUUGUGGGAAACCGAAUAAUUCACCCUACCCGUUUGUAAAUUCGGUUGUUCCCUCUUCUUUUAUUGUAGAUUUUUCGAGUUUUUAGUUCAAUUGGUGCCUUUGUUCCAUGCGUA